AAAAAACAGUAUCUCCUUGAAAAACAUUUGAGAGACGAUGAUCAAAUAGUAAAAUCACCAAGCAACAUUCUUGAAUGCUACUUGUUUUGUGGCUUAGUUAAAUCUCGAAGAUAGAGUUGUUACUAGUUCUUCCGUUUGGUCGUGGGACAGACUACAACUAUCUCCAAGAAGCGUAUGAUCGUGCCUCUAAGCCAAGCAAGUUUUAUUUUAAAUUUGUUGUAUAAUUAUCAUUAUUAUUCUAACAAUAAAAGCGUAACAUGUGAUGUGUGGAUUAGGUGUACGUCACGAGUUUAAACUCUGUGUUGUAUUUACAUUGAAGAAGGAUAGAGAGGGGUUCAUUCCACUGAAUUUCGAACCGUUCCCCAAUUGAAAAAUGACACUCAGAUUUAUUAUAAUAAAAGAAGUUCCUUGUUGAAAAUCAAUGAGGAGAAAAAAAGGAAAAGUCACGUUAUAGAAGAAGGAAUAUUCAACUUUUUAACAGUCAUUCCUAGUUCAAAUUUUCAUGCCAUACUUUUCCAUAUGUGCUGAAUGUUGGGUCUAAUAACACUUAGGAAUAACAAUCCAAUUCUAUAUAUCACGAUUUGUCUUCUACUUUGAAAAUUGAUACUCAAUAGUAGCUACAGUCAAAGAUUACAGCUAAGAAAAUAUCAUCUUACAAACAAAUGCCUUUCUUUUAUGACUUUCCUAACGUAUGUUGUUGUUUUAAGUUGGAAUUUCCAUACUUCAUUUGCCUCUUCUGCUACUGUUGUACAUUCCAACUUCUUUUCAUUUUUGAAUGUUCUCAAGUUAAGGUCUUUGCUUAUUGCUGAAGGAAUCAGUAAGUCAUUCAUGAGAAAAUCUUUCACUUCAGGUGUGGUGCGUGAAUUGAAGGAAGUAAUAAGAAUCAUCCUUUCUCUUUCAAGCACAAAGAGUAGUUCGACAAUAGAGAUGACACAAUAUAUGGACAUGGAACCUAACCUAGCUAUGGUUAUUUAAAUCCUUAACUGAGGGGUUUUAUAAAAUAGUGAACAGGAGCAUUGUCACAUACGAACCUGAUCCAUGUGAUAAAAAACAUUUUUUGGAGAACCAACCAAUCCAACCUCAACACUGACUCCGCGCCAAACUUACUGCAGUAUCACUGAUCACUAUCAAAACUCGAAUAAGCCUUCUUCGUUCUUGUUGUUCAAUUUUAUCAGUAAGUUAAGAACCCGAGUGUAAAAUGUCACACUGGUAUACACAAGAUCAGUUCAUCUUGACAGCUGAUGGGAAAUAUUCAAUUUUACUAAGGGCUUGCAGUGCAUGAUAGAUUGCUUACAAAGGUUAGAUUGGAGCACCUUCAUAUGCAUGUAGAUGAUGUUCACUGCUGCCUAUGUCAACAGUCAUGUGUGGAAACUAGCAGACACUAAUUUGUUGAUUGUGACUUCGCUAAAUCAGCGAGAGCUGGAGUAGAACGUUGGUUAAAUAUUACUUUGCCUGCUGCAGACUUGAAGAGUACUUUGACAGUGAUCAACAGGAAGCGCUGGAGGAAGUUUAAGAAACAAGUAGUCGCAGCUCUAUGGGGUGCUAUGCUGUAUUAUGUUUGGAAAGCUCGGAAUUGGAAACGGUUUAGAGUUAUACAGCUACAAAGUACAGAUAUAGUAGGGCAACUUACUAGUGAGAUUGUUGAUAGGAUAGAGCAUCUUCAACAUACAAAGAGAGCUAUUAGAAGUAGAGUUUUUUGGCAGACAUUUUUGUAAGUAGAGUGUUUUGAGUUCUCAGGGGGCCUAAUUGAUCAUAGCAACCUUCCUAGAAGGGGGUUACGAGAUUGGGUGCCUUUAGUUUGUAAGUUCUUGUUUGUUUAAUGGUAAUUUUUACAUUCGUUGCCAAAAAAAAACUAUGGUAAAACAAAUGUUACUUCCUAAGUCAUUUGUUGAGUUCUUUACCAGAAAGUUAGCAAAGCUCCAGUCAACAUCAAUCCCAGUAAGGAGAAGAAAAGUCCCAAUAUCAAACAUGGACAACUAGGACAAAGGGAUAACAUUCAACUUAGUUCGAAAUUUCAAAUGCACUUCUCUUCCAUGCAAAGUGAAAUUAUCCAAAUAGAGCAUACUAGUCAAAUGCAAUACUUUGAUUUUGCAGCAGUAGGGAAAUAACAUUUCCAGUCCAUAUCAUUACUGUAAUUCCAAAGUUUUCCAAGCACAGAAAAAGGAAAAUACAAUAUCAUCUUAAAAGUCAUCUUUACCCUAUCCAAACAAGUAGUUAAGCAGAUGGGAAUAGAUUCAUUUCGAUGAUCGUCUAAGUCAUUGAUAAAAAUUAAAGAUUUUACAGAUGAACUAUUCAUAUGUGUAAGAAUUUUUUUUCCCUUGAAAUAUGUUUUUGGUCAAAGAACAGUUUAGUUUUUUUGUAAAAAGGAAUCAUGGCUUUACCCUUUGUCAAACAUUUGUUGAAACUUUUGAUCAUUGUACUUGUUGAGAACCUUACGCUGUCUCAAUUUCCUGAUUAUCAUAUGGUGAAAAUCCCCACAACCUGGAUAAACAAUAAUGUUUCGGCUAUCAAUGUAACAAAGCCCUUGACAUACCCUUAUUACUCAUUCAAUCAAUCUUCUGGACCUUUCAUGCGAAUUCUGAUGCUCAAAGAGAUAGAUAAGGACAUGGGAUAUGCUUGUGGGUUUGCUUCAAAUGGAGAAGAUGACUCCUUUGUGCUUUCCAUUGGAAUUGUACGUCUUCAUCAGGACUAUGUAGGAGCUCAGCACUGGACUAACCUUGAGCUGGUCUGGUUUGCAAACAGAAACCAUCCCAUUCGUGAAAACGGAACACUGCAAUUGCUGCAAGAUGGAGAUUUUGUAUUAAAAGAUGUGGAUGGAACUCUUGUGUGGUCUACAAGCACGGCGAAUAAGUUCAUAUCAGGCAUUAAGAUGAUGGAGACUGGAAACCUUGUGCUUCAUGACAUGUAUAAUCAGACUGUCUGGCAGUCUUUUGAUCAUCCAACAGAGGCACUGCUUCCAGGUCAGAAGUUAAGGGCUGGUCAAAGACUUGUUCCUAGAUCUUCUUCAUCCAAUUGGACUGAAGGUAACUACUAUCUCUCUGUAACCAAUCAAGGCUUGUUUGCAUUUUAUAUAUCAGACAAGCCACAGAUGUAUUUUAAGUUCUUGGUUAGGGGAGAAAGGGAUAGCUUUGGUGAAAGUUAUGUCAAAGCAGUGAAUGGUACUCUUGCCUUGUACAUAUCCUCAACUGAGCCAAAUGAGCCUAAUGCUGUGAUCUCAAGACCUUCUAGGAUGAAAUUUUUGAGAUAUGAUUAUGAUGGACAUCUUCGAGCCUACACCGAGGGAAGUGAUCAGCCAAAUGAUCUUUUGACAGAUUUCAUUGGUUUUUGUGAUUACCCCACAGCCUGUGGCAGUAUGGAACUUUGCUCAAAUGGAUUAUGUUCUUGUCCGGGUUCAUUGAGAAAAAGUAAUGAUCGACAAAACAAUGGAUGUGUAGAAAUUAGUCCGGUGAAAUGUGAUGGACCACAUUCCCACAGAAUGGAGCGUGUUACGGAUGUCUAUUACUUUAACUAUGUCGACAUUGAUGCAGCAGCUCUGAGAGGUACAGAUGAGGAAAGCUGUCAAGACUUGUGCUUGAAGAACUGCGCUUGUAAAGUAGUUCUCUUCCGGUAUUUCACUAACUUUUCAAGCGGUGACUGCUAUUUACCCUCCCCUGUUCUGUCACUUAUAAACGAUGAAAAGGAAAGACGUGUCUAUGAGUCAUCUGCAUUCAUCAAGUUACCAAAUGAUGCAGAAAAAAGCAAGUCUACAGCUGCAAGAAGAAUUGGCAUUAUAGCUGGAUCAACUGUUGGAACAGUUCUUCUGAUAGCAUUAACUGCUGGCAUCUUCAUUGCUUUCAACAGAAAGAAAACAUUACAAGAAAAUGAUGAUGAUUACUCAGAGGAGAUAUCUGGCAUUCUAAGAUUUUCUUAUGAACAGCUGAAGAUGGCAACUAGGAAUUUCCAACAAAGGCUUGGUCACGGAGGUUUCGGCUCAGUUUAUGGAGGAGUUCUUCAAGAUGGUCAGAGAGUAGCAGUGAAGGUUCUUGAUGGUUUUGGCCAGGGGAAGAAAGAAUUCUUGGCAGAGAUCCAGACCAUAGGAAGCAUCCAUCAUGUUAAUCUUGUUAGGCUAAUUGGAGUUUGUGCUGAGAAAGAGCACAAGCUAUUAGUUUAUGAUUUCAUGAGUAAUGGAUCAUUGGAUAAAUGGAUUUUUGGCACAACCUCUACUCAAUUUACCCUUGAUUGGCAAAUAAGAAGAAGAAUCAUCCAUGAUAUAGCAAAAGGAUUGGCUUAUCUUCAUGAAGAAUGUAUGCAAAGAAUAGUCCACUUAGAUGUUAAGCCGCAGAACAUUCUGUUGGAUGACAAUCUUUGUGCAAAAGUAUCGGAUUUUGGCCUGGCCAAGUUGGUGGAUAAAGAUCAGAGCAGGAUAGUGACCAGAAUUAGGGGAACCCCUGGAUACUUGGCUCCUGAAUGGUUUAGCGCGUUCAUCACAGAAAAAGCAGAUGUCUACAGCUUUGGAGUUGUUGCAAUGGAGAUCCUCUGUGGACGCAAGAACUUGGACUAUUCACACUCAUUGGAACAUCCACAUCUGCUUAGUUUGUUUAUGACAAAAGCUCAAAACAAUCAGCUGAUCGAUAUGAUCGGAAACUACAGCGAUGAUCCACAAUGCAAUACAUCAGAAGUCAUCCGUAUGAUGAAGCUUGCUGUCUGGUGCUUACAGAGUGAUUUUACUCUGAGGCCUUCCAUGUCCAUGGUGGUUAAAGUAUUAGAGGGGACAAUGGACAUUGAAUCUCACUUAGACUAUAAUGUUCCAAAUUUACAAACAAUUGCAACAAUCCAAAGAGUGACAGACACCACGUCUACCUUGUUCCCUUCAAUUCUUUCAGGACCUAGGUAAGGCUUUUUAAGUGCGAUAACGAAGAGAGUUUGAGAAUUCCUCUCCUUUAUCCUAUUUCUUGUCUGAUUCCUGUGAUCAUCGUUAUCAUGGAGAUAUAUUGGUUUCAUUUGUUUAUUUUUCUAUGACUUAAUAAGAUCUACAAUUGAGAUUCAUGGUGUAA